CUUACACCCCCUCCUCCUCCACCCUCAUUCACCCCCUCCCUCUGCUCCUACCCCGUCCUCCCUCCUCAGUCAGUCAGUAUUCCUCCAGCUAGUGGCAAGGGAGGACGUGUUUGUUGUAUUAAUUUAGCCACUCACAAACACACGAACGAACGAACUAAAAAAAAAAAAGCUGAAGGAAGCAAAAUUAAAUAGUGACUAAGAAGAGGUUGUAUCCUGAUUCAUCACCAUCAUCAUCAGCAAGGAGGAAUGAUGGAGGGGUUGGAAGCAGGACCACCCCUACCACCACAACCACCACAAUCACCACAAUCAGAUCUACACAGCCUGCUCAGCCAGGCCGCGGCGGGGAACGUGGCGGGGGUGGCGAUGGCUCUCUCCAGCGGGGCCCAUGUUGACAGUUCGAGCCCCGCCCACCUGCCUUACCCCGGCCGCUCCGCCCUCCACCACGCCGCCGCCAAAGGUCACGUGUCUGUGGUGCGGUUUUUGGCCCAUCACGGUGCUAAUGUUAACCUACACAGCGGCUUUCCUGGCGACCGAGGCGCCACCCCCGCGCACCUGGCCGCUGAGAAUGGUUACUACCUGUCCCUUCAAGUGCUAAUGGUCGCCGGUGCCAACCCUGACAGACCCGACGCCGAUGGCCGCCUCCCCAUCCACCGGGCAGCACUGAAGCGUCAGGUAUGGGUGCUCAGAGCCAUGUGGGACUUUGGCUGCAACCUCUCCUCCCCGGCCGCCGACUACUCCACAGCGCUCCACUUGGCGGCGGGCGUGGGGGCGCUCAACGUGGCCCGCUUCCUGGUGGAGGAGUGCGGCGUGCGGCCCGGCGUGACGGACGGGGCGGGCUACACGGCACUGCACCACCCCAACACCCAGCGGCACCCCAGGAUGGUGGCGUACCUGGAGGAGGUGGCAGAGGCAGCCAACAGAUGGAACCCCCAGCAAGUCCCCACGUCAGCCUACCCUCGCCUCCACAUGCGGCCCAUACCCCGGCACGCACGCAUCUACCAUGGCAGCACACCCUUCCACCACUCACCCCGCAGCCCCUACUACCACCAGUACGACAUCCCCCCUCAACGGUAUAGCCAGUUCAGGGGGCGACUGUGGCAGCGUAGGGGGCAGAGGGGAAGGUUCACUACUUCUGGUGGCAAGUCAAGUUCAUCCAUGUCAGCCUCAGCCUCCUCUGCUUCUGUCUCCACCUCCACCUCCACCUCCUCCAGUCACCCCAGCUUAGUGCCUGCUCACGAUGUUGCUCCGUCUGAGGCAGUGCAGCCACCCAAGGAUGCUGUGGUGAAUGGAGAUGAUCACUUGGAACAUCACCAGGCUGAGAGUAAGGAGGGACAGGCAUCGAGAGGAGAGGUGACGCAAAACGGACAUGGGGAUCACCACUCUGAGGCGGCACCAGCAGACGACAUGGUGAACGGCUUUGGUCACACCAAGGCGGCAGCACCAGCAGGAGAGGCCUCUGGGGGACUCUUGGAUAACCUUCAGAAUGGAUACCACCCUGAUGACAAGUUCUGUUAUCCUACGGCCACACCACCAGCGGAUGACGGCCACCAGGACCUAGUGCAUGCCAUUUGGAAAGGCGCCCACUCAGAUGCCCCUCAGAAUGGCCACCACAGAGAGACCUACCCAUCGGAUGCACAGGUCUCGCGGAAUGGCCACGAACACGUCUUCCAGCCCUCAUCAAAGACACCUGACCCGUGGGACUCCGCCUUCUCUCUCUCGCUGAAUGCACACACUGGCAGGGAGGAAGGGAUGUCAGAGGGAACAGCCCAUCAGACCUGGCACACUAAUGGUCACCUUGAGUCAUCGGGAGAAGGUAGUGAGAUGGAAAGCCAGAACCAGUAUGGGCUGACUCCUGCACGCCUUGAGGGGGUCACUAGCAAGGCAGGACACCAUGGCACAUCUGAGGAGACACAUCGGGACAUCACUUCAUCGUCAGAACAGUCAUCAGGUUCCUAUUUGUCUGAACCCAUGACACUGACUCCCUUCCCGGCAGCCUCUAAGCCAUCUGAUCCCCUCUCAGAGAACACAGAGACACAGACAUCAGAGCCCAAGGAGACCACAAUGCAGGCCUCAAAAGACAACGCCUUCAUGAGAGCUAUUGAUAUGUUUGACCCCCAGCCCAUGCCAGGAGGAGAGGAGAUUCAGGCUCAGACAGACAUGGAUGAGGGUGACUUGGGGAAGCAUGAAAGUGAGGAGAAUGAAGGUCAAUGCGGAGAUUUCAUGGAGAAGGCUGAAGAAGAGGAGGAGGAGGAGGAGGAGGAAGAGGAAGAGGAGGAUAAUACACAAGGUUUUAAAGAGAGAGGCCUUGAUGUGGUCAUGGAGGAAGGCUCACCUCACCUGAACUUAGAGAUGGAAGAGACAGAAAAGGAGGAAGAGGAGAUGGACAAGGACGAAGAUGCUGAGAGGGCCGAGGAAGAGGAAGUAGAAAAAGAAAAGAAUGACGACAGAGAUGAGAUGAUGGACAAGGAUGUGGAAGAGGAAGCGGAAAAAGUAAACAGUGAAGAUGACGACAAGGAGAGGAUCAAGGGUGAGGAAGAGGAACCUGAAAAAGAAAAGAAUGAGGAGAAAGAUGAGAAGGCGGACAAGGAUGAGGAAGAGGAAGCUGAAAAAGAAAGGAAUGAGGACGAAGAGAAUGACGAGGGUUAUGGUGAAGACGUGGCUGAAGGGAGAGUGAGGAAAGACAUUGAUCUAACAGUGGAGACGGAGAACACGGCAGACCAAGAAGCAGUGAGAGUAGGGAAUGAAAACAACCGUACUAGCAUAAAGGAAGAAAAUAGCCCCGACUUGGAAUAUGAGGAGACGGGCGGAGACAUCAUGGUGGUGACUCGGAAAGAAGAGAACAGGACGAAGAAAAGAAACAUGUCUGCAGAGAAAGAGACAAGUGGCCACAAGAGGACGGUAGAAGACAAGGAAGAGAGCAUGAAGACAGAUAAGAAGACAGGGCUCAACAUAGUCAUCACAGGGACCGAAAACCACAGUGACAGUGAUGUUCUGCUGGAGACAGGCAGCGAAACGGAUGACUGCGACAAACUGCUUCAAGAAAAGGUGGUGAUGGAUGCCCAAGAGCCACUGAAAGCUGCAGAAUCUGAAGUACCAGCCAAGGGAGACAAAGAGGAGCCUGAGAUUGUGACGAUUGAGGCAAGUGAAAGCAGUACUGAGAUGACGCGGCGCCCGGACGUGACGCAGACAAAGAGGGAAGCCGUUACCAGCCAAAACUUGAAGAAGAGAAAUAAAGAAAAGCAGAAGAGGAAGGUUACUUUUGAGGUUGAGCACAGUGAAGAGAAUCGAGUAGAAACGGAAGAGGAGCAGCCGGACAAGAGCAGCAGAGAGGCAGAACCAGUGAAGCAGGUGGAAGAGGCGGCACAGAUUGUAGACUGCAUUGUGAAUCAGCAGGAGGAGCAGGAGCAGGAGCAGGAGGUACAGGUGAGAGGCAGAAAGAAAACACAUGAGAAACGGGAAAAGGAAUCACGAGGCAAAGAUAGAAAGAAACGUCACAAGCAGGAGAGUCAGACCAAAGAGCAGGAGUCACAGAGCAGGGCCAGCAGUGAGCCACAACCGCAGGAGGAGCAGGAAGAGCCACAGCAGUUCAUGGAGGAGGAGCCACCACUGGAGCCUGUCAUGUCAAGGAGGAUGAGGCGGAUGAAGAAGAAGGAAAAGUCGAAGAAGGUGACGAAGACGGGACAGGGAGUGACCCGCGCCAAGGAGUCAGUACCUGUGGACAGUGACUUAGAUAAAGAGUCGCAUCCCAGGUCCUCAGAGACAGAAGGCCACUCAAGGAAGGGCAAGAAGAGAAGCAGGAAGGGUGCCACAUCAUUGCCACAGAGCCACUCAUCAGGGGGCCACAAAGCCACCUCUAAGGGGCAGCAGCAGCACAGCACUGGAGGCCAUGAAGCAGAGGAGACAAUGACAGUGCCAGCUAAAGCAACAAAGACCGUGCCAGCUGAGACAAAGAUGGUGUCAGUUGAAGAGACAAAAAUGGUACCAGCUGCAGAGAGGGAGAGAGUGCCAGCUGAAGAGACAGAGACGGUUGGAGGUGAGUCAGGGGCCAAUGAAGUGCAAAAGCAAGUGGAACUCUCCAAAAAGGCUCUGCCAGUUGGUGCCAGAGGGAAGUCAGUGCCAGGCAGCAGGACCAAAGAGACUGUGCCACAAAAAAAAGAGAAGGAAAUAGUGACCAUUGGCUUGGCUGAAUCAGCUCAAACCCCAGCCAAGGGAACAGUGACAGCAGAGAGUGAAAGGAUGGUGGCUGCUGAAGAGGAGAGAGUGGCGGCCAAAAAGACACGGUCAGAGCCUGCCCAAAAGGUGAAGCCUGAUGAAGGUACAGAGCACGCAGCAAAGACAGACACGACCACCAUGGAAGAGACGAAGCCUGUGCCGGAGGAAAAGACUGAGACAGAGCCAGAGGAAGAGACGAAGCCUGUGCCGGAGGAAAAGACUGAGACAGAGCCAGAGGAAGAGACGGAGGCAACAGCAGCUUUGAAAACCGAGGAAGCUGAAGAGUCAGUAGUUGCUGAAGAGACAGUGACUGCUGAAGAGUCAGUAGUUGCUGAAGAGACAGUAGCUGCUGAAGAGACAGUGGCUGCUGAAAAGACUGUGACUCCUAAAGCGACAGUGGUUGCUGAAGAGACAGUAGCUGCUGAAGAGACAGUGGCUGCUGAAAAGACUGUGACUCCUAAAGCGACAGUAGUUGCUGAAGAGACAGUAGCUGGUGAAGAGACAGUGGCUGCUGAAAAGCCUGUGACUCCUAAAGCGACAGUGGUUGCUGAAGAGACAGUUGCUGCUGAAGAGACAGUGACUGCUGAAAAGCCUGUGACUCCUAAAGCGACAGUAGUUGCUGAAGAGACAGUAGCUGCUGAAGAGACAGUGACUGCAGAAAAGACUGUGGUUGUUGAAGAGACAGUGACUGCUGAAGAGACAGUGACUGCUGAAAAGACUGUGGUUGUUGAAGAGACAGUGACUGCUGAAGAGACAGUGACUGCUGAAGAGACUGUGGUUGCUGAAGAGACAGUGACUGCUGAAGAGACUGUGGCUGCUGAAGAGACAGUGACUGCUGAAGAGAUUGUGGCUGCUGAAAAGACUGUGGUUGUUGAAGAGACAGUGACUGCUGAAGAGACAGUGACUACUGAAAAGACUGUGGUUGCUGAAGAGACAGUGACUGCUGAAGAGACUGUGGUUGCUGAAGAGACAGUGACUGCUGAAGAGACUGUGGUUGCUGAAGAGACAGUGACUGCUGAAGAGACUGUGGUUGCUGAAGAGACAGUGACUGGUGAAGAGACUGUGGCUGCUGAAGAGACAGUGACUGCUGAAGAGACAGUGACUGGUGAAGAGACAGUGACUGCUGAAGAGACUGUGGCUGCUGAAGAGACAGUGACUGCUGAAGAGACAGUGACUGCUGAAGAGACUGUGGUUGCUGAAGAGACUGUGGUUGCUGAAGAGACAGUGACUGCUGAAGAGACUGUGGCUGCUGAAAAGACUGUGGCUGCUGAAAAGACCGUGGUUGCUGAAGAGACAGUGACUGCUGAAGAGACAGUGACUGCUGAAAUGACGGUGGUUGCUGAAGAGACUGAGGCUGCUGAAGAGACAGUGGUUGCUGAAGAGACAGUGACUGCUGGAGAGAACGUGACUGCUGAAGAGACAGUGGUUGCUGAAAAGACAGUGACUGCUGAAAUGACUGAGGCUGCUGAAGAGACUGAGGCUGCUGAAGAGACAGUAGUUGCUGAAGAGACAGUGACUGCUGAAGAGACCGUGACGACUGCUGAAGAGACUGUGGCUGCUGAAAUGACAGUGGUUGCUGAAGAGACUGAGGCUGCUGAAAAGACAGUGGUUGCUGAAGAGACUGAGGCUGCUGAAAUGACAGUGGUUGCUGAAGAGACUGAGGCUGCUGAAAUGACAGUGGUUGCUGAAGAGACUGAGGGUGCUGAAAAGACAGUGGUUGCUGAAGAGACUGAGGCUGCUGAAAUGACAGUGGUUGCUGAAGAGAGAAUGACUGCUGAAGAGACAGUGACUGUUGAAGAGACAGUGACUGCUGAAGAGACUGUGGCUGCUGAAAAGACAGUGACUGCUGAAGAGACAGUGACUGCUGAAAAGACUGUGGUUGCUGAAGAGACAGUGACUGCUGAAAAGACUGUGGUUGCUGAAGAGACAGUGACUGCUGAAGAGACUGUGGCUGCUGAAAAGACAGUGGCUGCUGAAGAGACAGUGACUGCUGAAAAGACUGUGGUUGCUGAAGAGACAGUGACUGCUGAAGAGACUGUGGCUGCUGAAAAGACAGUGGCUGCUGAAGAGACAGUGACUGCUGAAAAGACUGUGGUUGCUGAAGAGACAGUGACUGCUGAAAAGACAGUGACUGCUGAAGAGACAGUGACUGCUGAAGAGACAGUGACUGCUGAAGAGACUGUGGCUGCUGAAAAGACAGUGGCUGCUGAAGAGACAGUGACUGCUGAAAAGACUGUGGUUGCUGAAGAGACAGUGACUGCUGAAGAGACAGUGACUGCUGAAAAGACUGUGGUUGCUGAAGAGACAGUGACUGCUGAAGAGACAGUGACUCCUGAAAAGACUGUGGUUGCUGAAGAGACAGUGACUGCUGAAGAGACUGUGGCUGCUGAAAAGACAGUGGCUGCUGAAGAGACAGUGACUCCUGAAAAGACUGUGGUUGCUGAAAAGACAGUGACUGCUGAAGAGACAGUGACUGCUGAAAAGACUGUGGUUGCUGAAGAGACAGUGACUGCUGAAAAGACUGUGGUUGCUGAAGAGACAGUGACUGCUGAAGAGAACAUAGCUUCUGAAGAGAGAGUUACUGCUGCAGAGACAGUGACUGCUGAAGGGACAUUGGUUGCUGAAGCAACAGUAACUACUGAAGAGACAGUGACUGCUGAAGGGACAGUGGUUGCUAAAGAGACAGAACCAGCUGAAGAGACAGUUCCUGUUGAAAACACAAUGCUUGCUGAAGAAACAAAGACAGUGGAAGCCAAAGAAAUGGUGUCAGCUGAAGAGACGGAACCACCUGAAGAGAGACAGCCAGUGCCAGCUGAAGAGCAGGCCACCGGGGCCCACGAGGCUGAAGGAAUAAAGAGAGUGGCAGCUGAAGAGGCAGAUGUGGUGCCAGCUGAGUCAGGGGCCAAGGAAGUGCCAAAGCAAGUGGAACUCACCAAAGAGGCUCAGCUAGUUGGUGCCAGAGGGAAGUCGGUGCCAGGCAGCAGGACCAAAGCGACCAAGAAGGAGACAGUGACCAUUGGCUUGGCUGAACCAACUCCCACUCCCGCCAAGGGAAGGUCAGUCGAAUCCACUGACGAAACACCAGCAAAUCCUGCAACUGAAGGGAAUCUGGCAGCUAAAGGACCACAGACAAUGCCUGCUAUAACAACAGGCCCAGCAGAAGAGACAGAAAAAGUGCCUGCUGUAAAGACUUUGCCAGCAGAGGAGACAGUACCAGCUGGAGAGACAGUCAACAAUGGGUAUGCAGUGCCCUCAGAUAUGACUAAUGAGUCCAAAUGCUCACAAAGUCCAAGGAAAUCUAAGAAGAAGAGAAAGAGCAGGAAGGGAAAGGUGAGAGAUGCAUCAAGGGAGGAGAGGCCCAGGCAGAGUGAGGGGCGGCACCAAGGCCACACAGCCCCUGCCCUCUCACCCGCCCACAGUGACUCAACAGGCAGUGAGACUGUUCAGGAGACACUGGAUGUAGAAGAACCAAUGAAAGUUGAAGAGACAGUGCCAGCUAAAGAGGCAGUGCCAGUUGAUGUAAAAGUUCAUGUUGAAGAGACAAAUGGAGUGCCUAAAUACACAUUGUCUUUUGUGGUGACAAUGUCUGUUGAAAAGACUGUGGCAUCUAAAGGGACAGUGCCUCUUGUAAAGACCUUGCAAGCUGAAGAUACAGAGACAGUACCUGUUGAAGAGACGGCGGCAGCUGAAGAGACAGUACAUGUUGAAGAGACAGUGGCAGGUGAAGAGAUAUUGCCUGUUAAUGAUACCAUGCAAGCUGAAGAGACUAAGACAGCACCUUUCGAAGAGACCUUGCAAGCUGAAGAGACUAAGACAGCACCUUUCGAAGAGACCUUGCAAGCUGAAGAGACUAAGACAGCACCUUUCAAAGAGACCUUGCAAGCUGAAGAGACCUUGCAAGCUGAAGAGACUAAGACAGCACCUUUUGAAGAGACCUUGCAAGCUGAAGAGACCUUGCAAGCUGAAGAGACUAAGACAGCACCUUUUGAAGAGACCUUGCAAGCUGAAGAGACCUUGCAAGCUGAAGAGACUAAGACAGCACCUUUUGAAGAGACCUUGCAAGCUGAAGAGACUAAGACAGCACCUUUUGAAGAGACCUUGCAAGCUGAAGAGACCUUGCAAGCUGAAGAGACUAUGGCUGUUGGAGAGACUAUGGCUGUUGAAGAGACCUUGCAAGCUGAAGAGACAAAUGCAGUGGCUGUUGAAGAGACCUUGCAAGCUGAAGAGACUAUGGCUAUUGAAGAGACCUUGCAAGCUGAAGAGACUAUGGCUAUUGAAGAGACCUUGCAAGCUGAAGAGACAAUGGCAGUGGCUGUUGAAGAGACCUUGCAAGCUGAAGAGACUAUGGCUAUUGAAGAGACCUUGCAAGCUGAAGAGACAAAGGCAGUGGCUGUUGAAGAGACCUUGCAAGCUGAAGAGACAGAGACAAAGGCAGUGGCUGUUGAAGAGACAGGGCCAGGUGAAGAAACCCAAACCCUUCAAGAGACAGGGGUGGCCAUAGGGACAGAGACAGUCACCAAUGGGGAUGCAGCGUCCUGUGAGUCAGACCAAGCACUCACUCCAAGGAAAUCCAAGAAGAAGAAAAAGAGCAGGAAGGGAAAGGUGAGAGACACAUCAAGGGAUGGGAGGGUGAGUAAGGGUGAGGGGGAGCACCGCCCAGACCCCAACACAGCCCCUGCCCACACCCAUGCCCACAGUGGCACAGCAGGCAGUGAGACCGUAUCAGCUGAAGAGACACUGCUUGCUGAGGAGACAAAGCCUGUUGAAGAGACAAAGACCGAUGAAUCAGAACACUCCGUAAGUCCAAAGAAAUCAAAGAAGAAGAGCAGGAAGGGAAAGGUGAAGGAGGCAGCCGAGGAGGAGCGACCCAGCAAGAGUAAGGGAGACCACCAACGCACCCACACAGCCCCUGGCCACACACGCACUCUCAGUGACACAACACGCAGAGGUACAUCCGUGCAGCCACUCAUAGAACAAACUAGAGAGGAAGAAAAGAAACUAAGGAAAACUGGAAAGAAAGAAACUAGAGGAAAUGAAGAGGUUACAGCCACUCCACAAUGCACACUGCCAAACACAGAAUGGACAAAGAAAACGGAAGACAAGAAAGGUGAACUGAGGAAAACCAGACAGAUGGAAGAAAAGAACCUAAGGAAAACUGAAGAGAAAGAACCCAAAGGAACAGAAACAAAUGAAGAGGUCACGGCCACUCCACAAUGCACACUGCCAAACACAGAAUGGACAAAGAAAACGGAAGACAAGAAAGGUGAACUGAGGAAAACCAGACAGAUGGAAGAAAAGAACUUAAGGAAAACUGAAGAGAAAGAACCCAAAGGAACAGAAACAAAUGAAGAGGUCACGGCCACUCCACAAUGCACACUGCCAAACACAGAAUGGACAAAGAAAACGGAAGACAAGAAAGGUGAACUGAGGAAAACCAGACAGAUGGAAGAAAAGAACCUAAGGAAAACUGAAGAGAAAGAACCCAAAGGAACAGAAACAAAUGAAGAGGUCACGGCCACUCCUCAAUGCACACUGCCAAACACGGAAUGGACAAAGAAAACGGAAGACAAGAAAGGUGAACUGAGGAAAACCAGACAGAUGGAAGAAAAGAACCUAAGGAAAACUGGAGAGAAAGAACCCAAAGGAACAGAAACAAAUGAAGAGGUCACGGCCACUCCACAAUGCACACUGCCAAACACAGAAUGGACAGAGAAAAAGGAAGACAAAAAAGAAGAAAUAAGAAAAGCCAGAGACAUGGAACCUGGAAAAACUGAAACGAGUGCGUCCAACAUCACAGCCACACCUCAACACACCUUUACGGACCAACCAACAGACGCACAAACUCACGAGCUGGCCACUGGAGCACUCGUAGGAGGGGGUGAAGGAGUGUCUGCUUACCCCAAGGCAGAUGAGACUAUGACAUUUGAUAACACUAAGGCAGAUGAUUUUGCAACAAUGUUUGAGCUCCAGAAUCUUAUGAGGGAGCUGAGGAUAGUGACGGAGAAGAUCAAGGAAGAGAAGGGCAUUUUGAAGAGAAAGUGGGAAGAUGGGAACUAUGGGGAAGAGGGAAUGCAAGGAAAGGAGUUGAAAUUGGAUGACGGGGUACUGGAGAAGCUAGAAGAGGAACUUAAGACCGUAAAGGAAAAAGUAGUGACAAAUUGUAGGGGUGUUGAGGAUGAAGAGGAAUAUGAAAAUGCCAUAAAGGAGGAGGAGGAGCAAGACAUGAUGGGCAAGGGAGAGCAGGAAGAGGCUGGAAAGAAUGAAGAAACAGAAAAUAGAGACUUCACAGGAAAGCGACUGGCAGAAGAAGAACAGAAACAAGGAGAAUGGAAAGAGCUGAACCAGUACACAGAGUCAGUGGAAGGACAAGAGGAGGAGAAACUAUACCAAUAUGAAAAAGAGACCAGCACAUCAGAAGAAUGGAGGAAACACGAGGAGGAGGAACUAUACCAAUAUGAAAAAGAGACCAGCACAUCAGAAGAAUGGAGGAAACACAAGGAGGAGGAACUAUACCAAUAUGAAAAAGAGACCAGCACAUCAGAAGAGGAAGAGAACCACGAGGAGGAGGAACUAUACCAAUAUGAAAAAGAGAACAGCCUAUCAGAAGAGGAAGAGAACCAGGAGGAACCCGAACCAGAGGACGUGGAAAUUCAGAAUGACGAGACAACCAAUACCCAGAUCGAGAUGGAGACCACUAACCCCGGCCACCUGGAAGCCAUCGUGCGGUGUCUGGCGGCCGUGUGGACCUCCCUUGGCCAUGGGGAAGAUGCGGUGGUGGGGAGAAGGCGUGAGGGAGACAGAGUGGUGGCAAUCGAGGGUCUGCGCGGUGGGGAGGAGGCGGCAAGGGGAAGCAGGGGUGAGGAGGAGAAGCUGGGGGUGCAGGGGUGUGAUAGGGAGGUGUGUGAGGCCUUGAAGGAGGUUGUGAAGGAGUUGUACCCUGGCCCUCACCACCACCACCACCACCAUGCAACAGCCUCCCUGCACAAGCUCCUGGUGGGAUUGGAGGGGGGUGAGGGGGGUGCCAGGAUGAGGAUGAAUGUGGAUGAGUGUCUGCUGUCCAUCCUAAUCCACGUACACCACCACCUGUGUGCGAGCGCCACGGACAGGCACCCUCAUUUCCCGGGGGUGUCGAGGGCCAAGGUGCCAACGGAGGUGAGCGACACGUUCCUUGGGGUGGAGGAGAUCAGUUUCGUGUGCCCGGAGAGGGACAUCACGCUCUCCAGGUCGAGGGGAACCUUCAUCCUCUACGGCCUGACUGUGCCUCCGUCUGGGGUCCCGGGGCUAGAUGGGUGCCUGCAGGACCAGCUGCUGCGUUGCUCCCGUGGCCCCCAGGUGAAGAGGGAGUGCCCCGUGUGCCAAACCAGCCACACCUGUGAGUGCCACAUCCACCUGGCUCGCCCGCCCCCGGUGCUGCUCCUCUACCUGUGCCCACAUCAAGAGGCAUGCCCACCCUCUCCUCCCCCCACUCCUCCCUCCUCUCUCUCCUCUUCCUCCUCCUCCCUUUCCUCCUCCUCCUCCCCCUCCUGCAGCGGCCUGAAGAAGAGGAAGAGAGGAGGCAAGGGCUCGCUGACGCCCCCGUUCAUCUCAGAGAGCCUGGACUUGACGUCGCUGCUGCCCCCUGGGAGUGACAAGUGUGCACGCUACUUGCUGAGGGCCAUGGUCACCUGCGCUGGCCCUGACAUCACCACCGCCGACACUGCCAUGCCCACCGCCUACGUGAAGCACUCUGGUAACUGGUGGGUGCACGGAGGGGGCAGCACCACCACGCAGACCACCACCACGGACACUGUGCUGUACGACUCCGAGGCACGACUUCUCUUCUACGAGGCCCAAGGGGAGGCGGAGGAUAACGAGAACUCGCUUUGUUGCUCUGAUGGGGAACAUGUGACAAGGCUGUGAGACUACUGGAGCUUUUAAGGGAAGGGGAAGGGAGCAGUCAGGGAGGUAGAGGUCACUGCUAGGAGAGGCGUGCAGGCAGAGUCCUGGGCAUGCACCAUUAGUGUCCGCAAAUGAGGCAGAUCAGCUUCCCAAUUUGUGUGAUUAUCGUAUUAGUCCCGAUUCCGAGACGAAAGCGUGUACCUGAUAUAAGCAUUCUUGUGAUCCUAUCAAUUAUUAUGGCUGCAGUCCGUUCCAGUGUGUCUGUCAGAGGAUAAGCUAACCGUAUGCCAGCACUGCCGUUCCCUGACUCUUGAGUUACGAGAAAGGUGUUUGUUGGUCCUACGGUUAUAAUUGUUCUUUGUCGGAGUUGCUGCGAGGGUCUCCAUGCAUGUAUGUAUGUAUAUAAUUGUAUGUAUGUAUGUAUAUUUAGCGUUAGGCAGAGAGCAAGAUGUUAUGCCAAAGUUACAGAGUUAAGAGAUACACUUUGGUUAUUGCUGCCUGUGAGUGAAAGAUGGCUGUUUUAUUUUUAAUUUUACAUACGAGAUGUCUUUAGUUUCCUGCCCUACUUUAAGCAUUGGAAAGGUGUUAUCUUACUCCCUUCAGCACAAGAAAAUGAUAUAUCCCUCUUUGCAAUUAUUUCGCCUCAUCACAAGUUUGUAUAUAAUAGUGAUACUGAAACUAUUGAUGAAGGUGAUGUGAACCAGUGUCGACAUAAAGUCAAUCCACCUCUCGCUAAACUCGCUCAUACCACAAACUCUCCCUUCCUUGGCCAUUCCCUUGUUAUUAGUUCCGACGAUAUCAGACGGCCAGACCCCGUUCCCUAUACACGAGCUUUCAUGUAAUUACUUCUACGGGUUAAUGGCUAAAUCUGAUAUCAAUUUUCUCAAGGAUGGUGCAAACACGUCAAGGUAAAGUGAUUAGAAGGGAAGUUUGUGGAAAAUUCAAUGAAGGUGGACAACUUUUUAGAAGCUGGAGUAAGUUUUCGAGUUUAUAGAGUGAGGUUGAUGGAUAUUUUUGUCCAUUGAAUAAAAAAUGCAGUGCUGUGCCUUUAUGACCAUUUAUUCGGGGAAGUGCGUGAUCAAUGAGUGUGUUUUGGGUAUCUGGUUCAUUGGUGUGAUCGUGAACUCAACCCACCUUUAUGCACCGUCAUUAUUUUACGAGAAAUUUUUUUGGGUCGAGUCAUUAACUGAUUCAAGAAUUGCCUUAGUGUCUCGUGUGAGUUUAUUCCUACAUAGUCGCAUUUAAUAGUGUUGUCAUUUGUUGUUCUAUUCAGCAAUGUUAGUAUAAUAACCGCGUGCCUCACUUACAUAUACCACUAUGAUGAUUAUAAUACCAAUAUCGCGUUCCUGGGUGGGGCUUACGUACAGCAUUAUGUCGUGUAUGUAGGAAGUUCCUGUACUCAUUCAUUCAUUAGCACAAGGAUGAUUUUAUGUAACUACCGUUUGAUACAGGAAUACUUUUACAACUUGGAUGCUUUUUAUUUUAUUUUAUUUUAUAUUUUAAUCAUUGUGGUGUGAUGCCCAGUAAGCUCUGAAUCAUAGUUAGCUAGUGGAGCUGUCAACACUGGCCUCAUCUACCACAUGGCUGCCCAAUGCGCCACACACCAUCCCCGCUCAAGGUCACCUCUUGCCUGUAUAACCUGGUGCUGUGAUUCCCCAGGUGACCGACACACACACACACACACACACACACACACACACACACACACACACACACACACACACACACACACACACACACACGGUAUAUAUAUAUCUUUA